AUGAGCAAAGCGGAUGUGGGCGGUUGCGGACGUGAACUUUGCGGAUGCGAGUUGCUGCGGUUUAGAAAAAUCUUUUCUGCUUGGGGCUCUAGUGCAAAUAGUCCAAAACUUACCACGUGGGGCGACGCUUGGAUUCACGACGUGGCUUCUACCGAAGCUAGAUCUGUGCUUGUAAACAUCAAUGGUGUUUGGUACUCUGAUCUUUUCAAGACAAAUUCCAAAUCUGAAAAAUAUUUCUUCAACGUAUCUGGAUACAGCGGAAGUAAGGAUGACGUUCUGAACUAUCAAACUGCCUACUUCCACAACGGCAUGAAGUUCUCCACACCCGACCAGGUUAACGACCAAUAUGUCAACCACAGUUGUGCUUUGAAGUAUUCAUCAGGCAAUUGGUUCAACAAGUGCUAUUAUCAAAACCUGGAUGGUCCGUACGGUUCCGUUGAUUUCUGUUAUGCAUUUCUGCCUGUCACUUGCAGCAGGCUUAACAUGCUAUCCACAUCAUAUUUUCAACUCUUCAAGAAGGAAAGAAAGGAGAAAGGAAAGAAAGAAGGAAAGAAAAAAAGAAAGAAAAAAGUAGCGUCAUACAUCAAAGAAGUAAACUUUUUUGAUGUACCUCUAUGA